UUUUGGGCUAUGGAGCUGUGAAAAACUAAGCGACAUUUUGACGCGGAGCUGGAAAGGAAUAAAAGGACACAUCCUCAAGCGCCAUAUUUCAUUCACUACAUCCUCUCCUUGUGGCUGUGGAAGAACCAGUUUCAGAAGCCAGAAGGUCCCUCUCAUUCAACUUCAACAUCUCUCUUUUUCGUUUCUCCAUUCUAAUUCAAUCAACUUCAACGACCCUCUUUCUUUCUUGUUUAUUUGUGUGGAAUCGUCCCAUUUUUGGUUUUGUAGAACACCCAUUUCGUUGAUCUCCAUGUAUCUUACUUAGCUGCAAAAGAAACAUGCGUAAUCCAUCGACUGUAGUUCAAGAAAAUGGUUCUGUUUCCGAUUUCAUUUCUCAACUGGGUUAUUUUGCGUUUAGUUCAAGGUUUCUUAACUUGAAUUCAGAAGGGUGUUCUGGUUCGUCGUCACACUCUCUUUAUUUGAACGGGUUUGAAAAUUAUCGUUGUGUAAAAAGGCCACCCAGGUCUGGUGCUUCGUUGAGCUUGAGUUCAAGAGGUAGCUCGAGCUUAAGGAGAUUUGUGAACGAGUUCAAUAAUGUUAUAAAGUUUCAUUGUCACAAACCCCCUCUUGGGUUUGCUUCGUUAGGUGGUGUUUCAGAUGAAACCAAUGGGAUUAGAGACGAUGGAUUUGGUGUUUCGCAAGAUGGGGCACUGCCAUUGAAUAAAAUCGAGGCUGAGAACCCCAAACGGGUUCUUAUUUUAAUGAGUGACACUGGUGGAGGUCAUCGGGCUUCUGCUGAGGCAAUCAAGGCAGCCUUUAAUGAAGAAUUUGGGAACAAUUAUCAGGUGUUUAUAACUGAUUUGUGGACGGACCACACUCCUUGGCCUUUCAAUCAAUUACCAAGAAGCUACAACUUCUUGGUGAAACAUGGCACAUUGUGGAAGAUGACUUACUAUGUGACUGCUCCAAAAGUGAUUCAUCAGUCAAAUUUUGCUGCAACUUCAACAUUCAUAGCUCGAGAAGUAGCAAAAGGACUGAUGAAAUAUAGGCCAGAUAUUAUUAUCAGUGUUCAUCCUCUGAUGCAGCAUGUUCCCAUUCGUAUUUUGAGGUCGAAGGGCCUCUUGAAUAAGAUUGUUUUCACCACAGUAGUCACAGAUUUGAGCACCUGCCACCCAACAUGGUUUCACAAGCUUGUUACAAGAUGCUACUGCCCAUCUACGGAGGUAGCAAAGAGGGCUUUGAAAGCUGGACUCCAGCCUUCCAAACUAAAGGUUUUUGGCCUUCCUGUGCGGCCUUCCUUUGUUAAGCCUAUUCGUCCGAAGAUUGAGUUAAGAAAAGAAUUGGGCAUGGAUGAAAAUCUUCCUGCCGUGUUGCUUAUGGGAGGGGGGGAAGGCAUGGGUCCCAUUGAGGCUACUGCAAAGGCGCUAAGUAAGGCAUUGUAUGAUGAAAAUCAUGGAGAGCCAAUAGGCCAAGUUCUUGUGAUCUGUGGCCACAACAAAAAACUAGCUGGCAGGUUGCGUUCAAUUGAUUGGAAGGUUCCUGUCCAGGUGAAGGGGUUUGUCACAAAAAUGGAGGAAUGCAUGGGAGCUUGUGAUUGCAUUAUAACAAAGGCGGGCCCUGGAACGAUUGCUGAAGCCAUGAUAAGAGGUCUUCCUAUAAUUCUGAAUGACUACAUUGCUGGACAGGAAGCUGGAAAUGUGCCAUAUGUCGUCGAAAACGGAUGUGGGAAGUUUUCAAAAUCUCCUAAAGAGAUAGCGAACAUUGUAGCAAAAUGGUUUGGGCCAAAAGCAGAUGAGUUGCUGAUCAUGUCACAGAAUGCCUUGAGGCUUGCUAGACCUGAUGCUGUAUUUAAGAUUGUUCAUGAUCUCCAUGAGCUUGUUAAACAAAGAAGUUUUGUACCACAAUAUUCCGGCUGAUGCAAGCAUCCUUGGAACUAUGGGAGCCUUCUUCUAGUUAGGAUUCAUUGUACUAUCAUUCAGAACAACAAAGGAAAUCGUGUGCCUACUGAAUGAAAUGCUUUACGGUGUUAGUUUUGUUGCAAAAUCAUAAUUUGUGAGAGGAAUAGAUUAGAUUUAGCAUUGCUUAAGAAGCAUUUUGUUCACACCAAUUCUUCAGAAUUGAUAUUCAAAAUUGAAAUUUGUCUGUCUUCCUUGCAAA